ACCCACGAAACUUCCGGCGCCGGGAAUUCAAACGAGUGGCGGGCCUGUGGCGCUGGGUGGUCCCCAUGGACCCGAUCCGGAGCUUCUGUGCAAAGCUGCGGUCUCUGGCGGUCACCUUGGACGGCGAAACGGCGCGGCUGCAGCGGGCGCUGGAGAGGGAAGACGGCGACUUUGAAGGUUAUGCAGUAAGAAUUUUACAUGACCUUAAUUCAGAAGUUUGGACUCUAAAGGGUAAUGUCAAUAUUCUUCUUGAUAAAGCAAGUUUGGAAAGUCAAGAAAGCAUUGGUUUCAUAAAGGCAGCAAAAGUACUGAUGAAAAAAACCUCAGCAGAUAUUAUAAAAAUAAGAGAGCUUUUCCAGAAGUAUGGAUAUAAUCCACGGGCCAAGAAAAAUUCAGUGGGUGAGCAAGAAGCCAUAGACUCUAAACCAGAGUCCACUAGAGAUGAAAACCUUCAAAAGCCUGAUGUAAAGGAUGAUAUGUCUAAUCCUGUUGUUCCAAGCAGCUCAGUUUCUGAGAAGAUUCCAUGUAGUCCACAACUUUCAGAUUUUGGACUUGAGCGGUAUCUAAUAUCGCAAAUUCCACCAAAUCCUCCACAGGCAGUAAACAAUCAUAAGAAAGAGCCAAACACGUUAACUCCAUCUUCCAAACAGUCACCAGUUAAAGUACUAAAAACUCCAAAAUGUGCACUAAAUAUGGAUGAUUUUGAAUGUGUGACUCCUAAAUUAGAGCACUUCGGUAUCUCUGAAUAUACUGUGUGUUUGAAUGAAGAUUACACAAUGGGACUUAAAAAUGUGAAGAGUAAAAGCAGUGAGGAAGCUGUAGAAACACAACUAGUGUCCAGUGAUAGCGCCACUGCUGGCCUCGUGAACCAGCAAUUGGAAAAAAAUGAUGAUGAAUAUACAAAGUCUCCCUUGGCACCUACAUUCUGUACUCCUGGUUUGAAAAUUCCUUCUACAAAGAACAGAACAGCUUUGGUAUCCACAGAUUAUCCAUUAUCAAAAACAAAUAGUUCAUCAAAUGAUUUGGAAAUGAAAUACUGUACAUCGUUAGUUUUAAAUUCAGACAAGUGCUUUGAGAACUGUGCAGCUCCCUCUUCCCCUGUGAUUUCUUCUUAUGAGAAUCUGCUCAGAACACCUACACCUCCAAAAGUAACUACAAUUCCAGAAGACAUUCUCCAGGUUUUAUCAAAAUACAACCCAAACCUAGCUACUACUCCAGUAGCAGUUAAGGCAUGCCACCCAGCAAAGCAUUCUUUACUAGAUGUGAAGGACGGAACAUCUGAGAUGUUGGCAACAAGAAAACUGGUGAAAAAAUCCUAGUGGAUCCAUCCGUCAAUUAAUAGAAACUGAACAGGAUGAGAUGAAAUCAAAGCAGGACUUACUUUGUUUUCACAUUCCCAUUUCUUCCUCCCUUUCUAAAAAUCAAUCCAUAUCAAAGAUGAGUUUGGAUACUGGUAUCAUAAUUUGCUUUUUAAGUUUUGAUUUACUUUUUUUUAACAUAUUGAUUUUUUACAGAGAGGAAGGGAGAGGGAUAGAGAGUUAGAAACAUUGGUGAGCGAGAAACAUCCAUCAGCUGCCUCCUGCGCACUCCCUGCUGGGGAUAUGUACCCACAACCAAGGCACAUGCCCUUGACUGGAACUGAACCUGGGACCCCUCAGUCUGCAUGCUGACGCUCUGUCCACUGAGCCAAACCGGUUACAGCAGUUUUGAUUUACUUUAACCUCAAUCUUGUUGACAUGCAACUCACUUAUUGUUUUCAAAUAUCAUUACUAUUUCACUGAUCUCAAAUUUACCCUAUGUAAUGUAACCAUGGAUUAAGUAAUUACUAGGAAGCAGGAUCAAUAACUUUUAAAAUUUUAAGUCUUCCUAUUUGCUAUUCCAAUAAGGCCAUGUCCAGCCCUAGCCAGUUUGGAUCAGUGGAUAGAGCGUCAGCCCACAGACUGAAGGGUCAGGGGUUCAAUUCUGGUCAAGGGCACAUACCUCAGUUACAUGCUCCAUCUCCAGCCCUGGUCAGGGCAUGUGCGGGAGGCAACCAAUCGAUGUUUCUCUGUCUCUGUUUCUCCCUUCUCUUAAAAAAAAAAAAAAA